ACUUCCAUUUUCUGUCACGUGGGGGAUUUUGGAUGUGGAGUGGGAUCUUGGACCCCUGUUAUGAAGAUUGAUGGCAAGAAGCGAACUUUUCAUUUUGAUUCUGAUUUUUGGAGCAACAAGAUAGAAUACAAUCUUGCUGGAGGAGAGACUGGGUUUGACACAGUGGAGACCAAGUUACCGACCUAUUGGAACACAUCAUUCUCCAAGAUCUGUCUCUGUAUGAAGAUUGACGGAGAUCUCAGGUUUAUUGUCAUAAACAAGUCAGCCGAUUCCCUGUACUGGCUGAUCGCUGAUGGGCAACACCGCUCCACCUUUUUGGGUCCUGAGAAAUGGAAGUCACUGAUUGGUUCACAGGGUUACUUACACCGUUACUGUAACAAGGAAGGGUUUAAUCUUGAACCGGAGGGAGCUUAUUGGAAGAAUAGAGCUUGCAAAGCAAGGAUUGGUAUUCUUGCCAAUAACAAUAACGGAUGCGGGGAUGUUGAUUCCAGAAUCGGGUUCGGAACAGGAGGGCCGCGUGAUGACAACAACACGUGUGGAAUUGAUGCUAGAGAGGUACACAUCAAAGCCAUGGGAUACAUAUUGGUCCAGUAA